CAAACUCCUUCCGUUCAUCCAUCUCUCUGAACUUUCUGAUCAGCUCACUCCUUCAGUCCUCCCUUCCCCCUUCGCCUUCCCUCCAAUUCCCCACCGAAAUUAGCCAAGGCAGCCACCCAACCCCCGGGCACUGCCCCCUCAUCGUCGGAACCAUUGUCGUGGGGCUCGGAGAUGGAGGCCGCGCUGGAGGCGGCGCGCGCCAAGGACACGAAGGAGCGGUUGGCGGGCGUGGAGCGUCUGCACGAGGCGCUGGACGCCGCGGCGCGGCGCGGGCUGAGUGCCGCGGAGGUGACGUCGUUGGUGGACACCUGCAUGGAUCUCUCCGGGGACGGCAACUUCCGCAUCGCCCAGGGCGGGCUGCAGGCGCUCUCCGCCGCGGCGGUGCUCGCCGGCGACCACUUUAAGAUCCACCUCAACGCGCUCGUGCCCGCCGCCGUCGAGCGCCUCGGCGACGGCAAGCAGCCCGUCCGCGAAGCCGCCCGGCAGCUGAUCGUCACCCUCAUGGAGGUUUCUUCGCCAACAAUCGUUGUUGAAAGAGCUGGAAGUUAUGCAUGGACUCACAAGAGCUGGAGAGUGCGGGAAGAGUUUGUCCGAACAGUUUCAGCGGCAGUUGGGCUUUUUGCUUCUACAGAGCUCCCACUGCAGCGAGUGUUGCUUUCACCUGUUCUGCAAUUGAUGAAUGAUCUGAACCGAAGUGUUAGAGACGCUGCAAUCUCAUGUAUUGAGGAGAUGUACAAAAACAUAGGAUCUCAGUUCCACGAAGAGUUGCAGCGCCACAAUCUACCUGCUUAUAUGCUAAAGGAAAUAAAUUCAAGAUUGGAUAAAAUAGAGCCAAAUGCGCCCUCAUCCAAUGGAGCUAGAAUCCAGUGUAGGGCCAAGGAAUCUAGAUCUAUUAGUGCUAAUCCAAAAAGAGGCAGCCCAAGGAAAAAAGGCACGCCAAGGGAAAGCACACUAUUUGGAGGUGACAUGGAUAUUAAUGAGAAGCCAGUGGAACCUAUAAGAGUUCACUCAGAGAAAGAAUUAGUUAGAGAUUUUGAAAAGGUUGCAUCUGUCCUUAAUCCAGAGAAGGACUGGUCUAUACGUAUUGCUGCUAUGAAAAGGAUCGAAGCCUUGGUAUAUGGAGGUGCUAUCAAUUACCCAUCAUUUCCUAUGCUCUUAAAGCUGCUGGUUUCUCCAUUGUCCUCUCAGCUGUCCGACCGACGAUCCAGCAUAGUUAAACAGGCAUGCCAUCUACUUAAUGUACUAUCAAAGGAACUUCUUGGUAACUUUGAACCAUGUGCUGAAAUAUUUAUUCCGGUACUGUUUAAGCUUGUUGUCAUAACUGUGCUCGUGAUUGCCGAAUCUGCAGACAACUGCAUAAAAUCUAUUCUGCGUAACUGCAAGGUUUCACUUCUUCCACUUGUAGCUGAUACGGCAAAGAAUGACCGCAGUGCAGUCCUCCGUGCUAGAUGCUGUGAAUAUGCACUCUUAAUAUUGGAGUAUUGGGUGGAUGCUCCAGAAAUACAGCGCUCAGCUGAUUUAUAUGAAGACCUAAUAAAGUCCUGUGUUGCAGAUGCAAUGAGUGAGGUCCGUGCAACAGCAAGGACUUGUUACAGGAUGUUCACUAAAAAAUGGCCGGAGCGGUCACGACGGCUUUUUAUGUCAUUUGAUCCUGCCAUACAGAGGAUAAUAAAUGAUGAAGAUGGGGGAAUGCACAAGCGGUAUCCUUCUCCAUCAAUGCAUGAGAGAGGGGUUCAACUUUCUCGGUCUUCAUCCGAUGCUGGUGGUACCCAUUUUGGAUAUGAUACUUCAGCUAUUGUUGCAAUGGACAAGGGUGCAGUUAUUUCUUUGGAAUCACCUCUCUCGUCUAGCAGUCUUUUAUUGUCACAGUCAAAGACAAUUGGUAGAAGUGCUGAAAGAAGUAUAGAGAGUGUGCUAAGUUCCAGCAAACAAAAGGUUUCAGCCAUUGAAAGUUUAUUGAAAGGUGUAAGCAUAUCAGAUAGGCAAGAUUUCUCAGCUAUUCGCUCAACAACCUUGGACCAUGGAGUUGAUCGUCCAUCCUCCCGUGAUCCUCCUUCCCCAUCUGCUCCACCUGCUUCAUAUUCAUCCCUUAAUGGCAUAACUAGCUCAAGAAAUGAUGGUUCAUCCAAAGAGCGAUCGAGCUCAUCUUAUUUGCGUAAUCUAUCAUCUGAACCAAUAGAAGGCUUGUCAUUGCCGUCUCUAAGAUCUUCAGGGAGGUCUCAAGAUGGUAGCAUUAUGGAUGAGAAUCAUGAUACAUGGCCAAAUAGGCCAUCACCAAAAAUGCAGAUGGACAAACACUACGUGGAUAUGCCCUAUAGGGAUGUCGGUUAUAGAAAUUCAUUUAACAGUCAUGUUCUGCACUUCCAGAGGCCUCUUAGGAAGCAAGUAGUAUCAAGAGCUUCUGCAAGUGGUAGGCGCAGUUUUGACGUUGGUCAUGCCCCAUCUAAUGACUUGAGUGGAUAUACAGAUGGUUCAGCAUCUCUAAGUGAUGCACUCUCUGAGGGCCUUAGUCCAAAUUCAGACUGGGCAGCUAGAGUUGCAGCGUUCAACUUCAUUCAGAUAUUGCUGCAACAAGGACAGAAAGGCAUUCAAGAUAUUACUCAGAACUUUGAAAAGGUUAUGAAGCUAUUUUUACGUUACUUGGAGGAUCCUCAUCACAAAGUUGCACAGGCAGCUUUCUCCACACUUGCAGAUAUUAUUCCAGCAUUCAAAAAGCAUUUUGAGAGCUAUAUUGGAAGAAUCUUACCAUACAUCUUUUCAAGACUUAUCGAUCCAAAGGAAUUAGUUCGACAACCAUGUUCCUCAACCUUGGACAUUGUUGGCCGAACAUAUUCUAUCGAUACGUUGCUACCUGCACUAGUUCGUUCACUGGAUGAACAAAGGUCUCCAAAGGCAAAACUGGCUGUUCUUGAGUUUGCAAACAAAUCAUUCGACAAUUACACAGUAGGUUCGGAAGGUUACAGUAACAGUGGCUUUCUUAAGCUCUGGCUUACGAAACUAGCCCCUCUAAUACACGAAAAGAAUGCUAAGUUAAAGGAAGCAUCUAUUUCUGGAAUAAUAUCAGUUUAUUCUCAUUUUGAUUCAGCCGCAGUCCUAAAUUUAAUUCUUAGUUUGUCGAUUGAUGAACAGAAUAUUGUGAGGCGAGCUUUGAAGCAAUAUACACCUCGUAUUGAGGUCGAUUUGGUCAACUACCUUCAAAACAAGAAAGAACGUUCACGUCCUAAAUCUUACGACCGAGUUGAUUCUAGCACUUCUUCUGAAGAUGGUUAUGCUCUGACAUUGAAGAAAAGCCUUCCAUUUGGACGCUUUUCUGACAGUUUACUAGACACUGAAUCAGGGAGAAAGAUGAAUACAGUGCAAGAAUCAGCAUUACAUAACGUACCCAUUAGUCGAGCUACCUCUGAUGUCUGCUUUGAUCAUGCUAAGCAAUGUUUUGAACGUGCCUCUGAAGCUGAAGUUCUCGUGCAAAGUAGGGAACUAAAGAACAAUACCCGCACAGUUGUAGAAGCUGUGCAUUCAUGGGAAGAUUAUCCUGAAAAAUCAGAUGCCACCAUGGAUGAUGAAAAUUCUACCGGUACUACUCGCUUGGAUUUGAGCCAUCUUCCAUCAGAUGGACGUAAUUCUGUUCUAGCAAUUUCUGAGGAGCACACUCAAGAGGGAGAUCCAUUUGUUGAUCUUAGUCCUGUAAAAAUUUUCCCACAUGCCAAUAAUGGUCCUAGCGUGCCACAACUUCUUCAUCAGAUUGGCAGCGGUGGUGAAAUUUCAACCCUAGACAAGCGGGAGGUGUUACAUCAGUUGGUUAGAGCUUCUACCGAUAAAGAUAACUUUAUAUGGACAAAGUAUUUCAACCAGAUCUUAACAACUGUCCUUGAAGUGUUGGAUGACACUGAUUCCUCUGUAAGGGAGGAUUCUCUGUUGUUAGUUGCUGAGAUGCUCCACAAUCAGAAAGAUUCUAUGGAAGAAUCCAUUGAGGUUGUUCUUGAAAAGCUCCUACACGUGACCAAAGAUGUUGAUGCGAAGGUUUCAAAUGAAGCACAUCAAUGCUUAUAUGUCCUGGUGGCAAAAUAUGACCCUUUUAGAUGCCUUGCUAUUAUUGCGCCUUUUCUGGCUAGUGAUGAUGAAAAGACACUUGUCAUGUGUAUCAACUGUUUGACAAAGCUUGUUGGGCGACUCUCACAGGACGAAUUGGUUACUCAACUGCCUUCAUUUUUACCUGCAGUGUUUGAUGCUUUCAAUAAUCUGAGUCCAGAUGUUCGCAAGGCUGUUGUUUUCUGUUUAGUGGAUAUCUACAUCAUCCUUGGAAAAGCAUUUGUACCAUAUCUGGAGGGCCUUAGUAGCACACAGCUGCGCCUAGUAACAAUCUAUGCAAGUAGGAUAUCACAGGCAAGGUCUGGUGCACCAGUGGAUGCUAACCAAUGAGUCAUUGUUUGAUGUAUCAUAUGAAUAUUUGUUUGUGCUAGCUGGGUUUUGGGUCCCAUUCAUUUGUCCAUAGAGCAGAUGACAUGCCUUCUUCAUGUAUUUAGCUGGUUGGCUUUUCUUGUGUGAUAUGUGUUCGUUAUUGUUUAUUUUGGCCCCUGUACUUUGGGAUUGCGUUUUGUGUCGCCAUGCACCAUCACAUUGUACAAAGAACAAAAUGUGCAGCUUCAUGGAGCUUGUUUCCCCUCACUUUCCUGUGGGGGCUGGUGUACAGAUCGAUUCUGACGAACACAAAUGGUUGUGAAUAUUUAGCAGUUGUACUCUGUGAAUACAAUUGUGUUUGUUCA